AUGACCAUAUCGAAACAAUGGCCAGGCUUGCGGCGCGGGCUUGUCGCGAUCCUGCGAGGCUUGAAGCCCGACGAAGCGGUUGGCAUCGCUGCGGCGCUGGUCGAGGCGGGCUUCGAAGCGAUCGAGGUGCCGCUCAAUUCGCCCGAUCCGUUCGUCUCGAUCGAAACGAUCGCGGCGCGUUUCGGCGACAAGGCGCUGAUCGGCGCCGGCACGGUGUUGACGCCGUCCGAUGUCGACCGGUUGGCCGGUGCCGGCGGCAGGCUUCUGGUCUCGCCGAACAUCGAUGCCGGCGUAAUGGGCCGCGCCGCCGAACGCGGGCUUGUCACCAUGCCCGGUGUCUUGACGCCGAGCGAGGCGCUGGCCGCCGUUCGCCUUGGCGCAUCGGCGCUCAAAUUCUUUCCCGCGAGCGUUCUCAGCCCGUCCGGCAUCAAGGCGAUCUCCGCCGUUUUGCCCGGCGAUACGCUCAUCGGCGCGGUCGGCGGCGUGUCGCACGACGAUUUCGCGGCCUACGGCAAAGUCGGCGUGCGCACAUUCGGCCUCGGCUCGUCGCUCUAUGCGCCCGGACUCGACGCCGGCGAGGUCGGCAAACGGGCACGAGCCGCCAUCGCCGCCUAUGACGCGGUUUUCGGGUAG